AUGGCGGCUGCGGCAGCAGCGGUGGGUGUUAGGAUCCGAGACUGCUGCAGCAGGGGCGCUGUGCUCCUGCUCUUCUUUUCCCUGUCCCCUCGGCCCCCGGCCGCCGCCGCCUGGCUGCUGGGCCUGCGGCCCGAGGACACCGCUGGAGGCCGCGUGUCCCUGGAGGGGGGCACCCUGCGCGCCGCCGAAGGCACCAGCUUCCUCCUGCGCGUCUAUUUCCAGCCCGGGCCCGCGGCGCCCGUGGAGCAGGUGCCCACACCCACCCUUUCCCCAGGGGAGAACGGCACCGGCGACUGGGCUCCACGGCUCGUGUUUAUCGAGGAGCCUCCGGGCGGGAGCGGCGCGGCGCCCAGCGCUGUCCCCACGCGCCCCCCGGGGUCGCAGCGCUGCCGCGAGCAGAGCGACUGGGCAUCGGACGUGGAGGUCCUGGGGCCCCUGCGCCCCGGAGGCGUGGCGGGCUCAGCUCUAGUCCAGGUGCGGGUGCGGGAACUGCGUAAGGGCGAGGCAGAGCGAGGCGGCACGAGCGGUGGCGGGAAGCUCUUCUCUCUGUGCGCCUGGGACGGGCGCGCCUGGCACCACCACGGCGCCGCCGGCGGCUUCCUGCUGCGCGUACGCCCGCGGCUCUAUGGCCCGGGCGGGGACCUGCUGCCCGCCGCGUGGCUGCGGGCGCUCGGAGCGCUCCUGCUGCUCGCCCUGUCUGCCCUGUUUAGCGGCCUGCGCCUGAGCCUGCUCUCGCUGGACCCGGUGGAGUUACGGGUGCUAAGGAACAGCGGCUCGGCCACCGAGCAGGAGCAGGCGCGCCGAGUGCAGGCCGUGCGCGGCAGGGGCACCCAUCUGCUCUGCACCCUGCUCCUGGGCCAAGCCGGAGCCAACGCGGCCCUGGCGGGCUGGCUGUACGCCUCGCUGCCGCCGGGCGUCGGGGGCACCGGGGAAGACUACGGCGACGCGGGGACUCACUUUCCGUGGCUGCCGGCGCUCGUGUGCACCGGCGCCGUGUUCCUGGGCGCAGAGAUCUGCCCCUACUCGGUGUGUUCGCGGCACGGGCUGGCCAUCGCCUCUCACAGCGUGUGCCUGACCCGGCUCCUGAUGGCGGCCGCUUUCCCCGUGUGCUACCCGCUGAGCCGCCUGCUGGACUGGGCGCUGCGCCAGGAGAUCAGCACCUUCUACACGCGCGAGAAGCUGCUGGAGACACUGCGGGCCGCGGAUCCUUACAGCGACCUGGUAAAAGAGGAGCUCAACAUUAUCCAGGGCGCCCUGGAGCUGCGCACCAAGGUGGUGGAAGAGGUGCUGACCCCUCUUGGGGACUGCUUCAUGCUGCGCUCCGACGCUGUGCUGGAUUUCGCCACUGUCUCCGAGAUCCUGCGCAGCGGCUACACUCGCAUCCCCGUGUACGAGGGCGACCAGAGGCACAACAUUGUGGACAUUCUGUUUGUCAAGGACUUGGCCUUCGUGGACCCCGACGACUGCACGCCGCUUCUCACGGUCACCCGCUUCUACAACCGGCCCCUGCACUGCGUCUUCAAUGAUACCCGGCUGGACACGGUGUUGGAGGAGUUUAAGAAGGGAAAGUCUCACCUGGCCAUUGUCCAGCGGGUGAAUAAUGAGGGAGAAGGGGACCCCUUCUAUGAGGUAAUGGGCAUUGUCACACUGGAGGACAUCAUAGAGGAGAUCAUCAAGUCGGAGAUCCUGGAUGAAACUGACCUCUACACCGACAAUCGGAAAAAGCAGAGGGUCCCACACAGGGAGAGGAAGCGGCACGACUUCUCCUUGUUUAAGCUUUCUGACUCGGAGAUGAGGGUGAAGAUCUCGCCACAGCUUCUGCUGGCCACGCACCGCUUCAUGGCCACAGAAGUGGAGCCGUUUAAGUCUCUGUACCUCUCGGAGAAGAUCCUGCUCCGGCUCCUGAAACAUCCCAACGUGAUCCAGGAGCUGAAGUGUGAUGAGAAGAACAAGAAGGCCCCGGAACACUACCUGUACCAGCGCAGCCGCCCUGUGGACUACUUUGUGCUACUUCUGCAGGGUAAAGUGGAGGUGGAGGUUGGUAAGGAAGGCCUUCGCUUCGAGAACGGAGCCUUCACCUACUAUGGUGUCCCAGCCAUCAUGACCACUGCUUGCUCAGAUAACGAUGUGCGGAAGGUUGGAAGUCUGGCUGGAUCCUCUGUCCUUCUGCCCGUCUCUGUGUCUCGUACCUUCGCCUUCAGCAGAGGGGACUCUCUGGCAGGCUCCCCAGUAAACCGGUCCCCUUCCCGCUGCAGCGGGUUGAACCGCUCCGAGUCUCCGAGCCGUGAGCGCAGCGACUUUGGGGGAAGCAACACCCAGCUGUGCAGUAGCAGCAACAACCUCUACACACCCGACUACUCAGUCCACAUCCUCAGCGACGUGCAGUUUGUGAAGAUCACACGACAGCAGUACCAGAACGCGCUCACCGCCUGCCGCAUGGACAGCUCACCUCAGUCCCCCGACGUGGAGGCCUUCACUGACGGAGACUCCACCAAGGCCCCUAUGACCCGGGGCACACCCCAGACCCCCAAGGAUGACCCUGCCGUCACCCUCCUGAGCAACAGGAACAGCCUGCCGUGCAGCCGUUCAGAUGGGCUGAGAAGCCCCCGUGAGGUCGUGUACCUGAGGAUGGAGGACAUGGCCUUCACCCAGGAGGAGAUGACAGACUUCGAGGGGCAGAGCACACAGCAACUCUCACUGUCUCCUGCAGCUGUUCCCAUGAGAGCAGCAUCAGAUAGUGAAUGUUGUCAUAUCAACGUGGACACAGAGACCAGCCGCUGCAGCAGCAGCUUUGAGGAAUCCAUGGGCCAGAAGUUGCUGAGAACCUUGAGUGGUCGAAAAAGGAAGAGGUCACCAGAUGGAGAGAGAACCUCUGAGGAGAACUCCAACUUAACCCCUCUCAUCACAUGACAGGGCAGUCAGCGUUCGCUGGGUGCGUGAG